UGGCCCAAUUUAUGGGGUGACCUUCUACUGAACUCACAGUAACGGCAUUUACAUAAAAGGUGGCAGCGCUGGGGUACAUUUCGUUACACCCAGACAAUUGCUCAGCAUUAUACAACAUACCAACAUUGUUAUAAACCGGACUUUCAGGAGGAUACACUUUCUGCUGUUCUUCCCUUGCUUUUUUAUGUGGAGCUGAAGUCAGACCGUGUCCUGUUGCAUCUGCCAUCGAAGAUCUGUGAGCUUCUGUUCAUGCUCAAGUUGCAGUUUAUUUGCUGCCAUUUGCAUUCGAACUUUUUCUGCAGCUUCUGUAGCCUCAGCAGUGUGGGGCAAGGGCCCCGGAUGCAGAGCGGCUGUCUUCUCCCGCUGGGGUGCCUGGGCUGAGCGGAACCAUGGCCCCGUACCGCAUCCGGCAGUACGAGGACGGUGACUACGAGGCCGUGCGCACCAUGUUCAGCCAUGGGGUUAUGGAGCACGCUCCUGCUGCAUUCAUCUACAUGCUGAAGUGUCCCCAGGCCCAGCUGCACUUCCUGGGCCUGUUCCUGGCGGUGCUCGCGGCCUCCGGGUCCCUCCUGGUCUCCCUCCUGGCUCUCCUGCUGGCUCUCACCGGUGGCUGGUUUUGCAGCCGGUCUCUCUGGACCGAUUACGUCCAGCAGUCUCUUCGCAACGACCUACUGGACAUCCGGAGAACUUACCUGGAGGCAGCAGACUCUUGUCUCUGGGUGGCAGAGGCUGAGGGGGUGGUGGUGGGCAUGGUGGGGGCCGUCCUGCCGGACGACCCCUCGGAAAAGGGGUGCGCCCUGGAACUGAAGCGUAUGUCUGUGGGGAGGGAGCACCGGGGCCGGGGCAUAGGCAGGGCGCUCUGCAGGACGGUCAUCCGCUUCGCCCAGGAACGCGGGUACAGUGCGGUCGUGCUGAACACUUCCAUGGUUCAGUACUCGGCCCAACAGCUGUACGAGAGCAUGGGCUUCCGGAGGGUCUCGCAGAGGUCCCCAUCGCUCCUCGAGAGCUUCCUGCAGUUCUCCAUCUUCUAUUACCGAUACGAGAUUCCAGGGUCUCGCUGAAGGCUCAGGGGGGGCGAUUCUUCGCCUGCCUGCUCAGCCGCUGGGAGCUUUGCCUGGCUUGUUAAUUAACUCCCAGCAAGUUGCUACUUUUUUACCUUUGGGGUUAAAAAAUAAACUGAGCUUGGAGGAAAAGUCUCAUGUGCGUGA